CGGAUAUAGAAUGACUGUUGUGUGCCUGAACGAAAUCUGACCCGGCUGUUACCCGUUUCAUAUGGGUUGCUAAGUAGUUAUCCUAAAGAAACUUCAUCUUUGUGACAUGUUUACAUUGACAACAUCGAAGAAAAGAGGUGAAUUCUCCAGCGUUAGCUCCGUAGCUGCAGUGAAAGGGAAACUCUGACAGUUCUCAAGCUGCAUUUCUGUCUGCUGUCUUUCUCAAUGAGGUACAGAGGAGCACAGAUCUGUCACUGGGCUCAUGGCACGUGCUGUCUGUCCCGCCUCUCCAUGCCUGGAUCUCUCUGCGGCAGAAUCACUCUGGUCCGAACCUACAGUGCUCACCAUCAGCCUAGCUCCCCCCCGCCCACUGACCCUGUGCCUCCUGAUGGGAAGGGUGCAGGUGAGGUGGUGAAGGAGCGUGCCCUAGCUGCCUUACAGCAUGCAGGUGAGCUGGGGCGGCAGUGGGGUCAGAGGUCGGCUCAGACGGCUUCUGCUACAGUCAACUACUGGUGGGAGAGGUACGAGGAGUUUGUCGGGCUUAAUGAGGUCCGCGAGGCUCAGACCAAGGUCACUGAGGCUGAGGCAGCGUUCAUGGUGGCCAGAGGGAUGGUGCGUGAGGCUCAUGCUAGCCUGGAGGCCCUGCAGGUCAGACUAAAGGAGGUCAGAGACCGGCUGGACAGAGUGUCCAGGGAGGAGGCUCACUACCUGGAGCUGGCCACGCUGGAGCACAAACUGCUGCAGGAGGAGCGUCGUCUCCGGACAGCGUAUGAGAACGCCGAGGGAUCAGAGAGGGAAAAGUUUGCCUUGUUUUCAGCAGGCGUCAGGGAGAGCCAUGAAAAGGAGAGGACGAGAGCAGAACGGACCAAGAACUGGUCCAUCAUUGGCUCGGUGCUUGGAGCCCUGAUUGGAGUCAUGGGAUCAACAUACGUCAACCGGGUCCGCCUGCAGGAGCUGAAGAGUCUUCUACUGGAGGCCCAGAAAGGUCCAGAGAGCCUGCAGGAAGCCCUAAGGGUCCAGGCUGGAAACCAUCGCUCCCAACAGGACGAGCUCCGAACGCUUAUCGACAGCCUCAGGCUUACACUGAAUGAUGCCUUCACUCAGAAGGGCGACGUCCUUCAGGGCAAGGGGGGAGGGCCGACCCCAGACUUGCCCGCUGUGCCUCUUUCAGCCUUAAAAGACCUCCAAGUCGGUAGCCAAAGGACCCAGUCCCUCCUGGAGUCCCUCCCACCGCAGCUGGGACAACUGGAGCAAGGACUCGGUAGAGUUGAGAGCGACUUGUCAGUGGUGAAGAGGCUGCUGGAAACCACACCACAGCCUGAAAUGCAGGCAGGUGAGGUGCAGUUAGCAAGAGCCGAGAGAGGGGACCACCGGGAAUCUGAGGUGGUGGUGAGGCAUCUGGAAGAGACCCAGAGGACGCUGGGAGAACGAAUCAGGACAAACACUGUUUAUAAUGCUGUGUUUACCUACACUGCCACAGCCAUCACCAUCUCUGCUGUCUACAUGCUGCUCAGAGGGACUGGUUAGACAUGAUACCUCCAGUUUGAAUAUUCACAUGCACUGUAACACUAUCAGUUACUGGGAGUACAAAUCUAAAUUAUGUCAGAACACGAUGCUAAUUCAGUUUCUCUAAUAAACUGGUUACAGGUGUUGAUUUGAGCUCAUCUGCUGCUGAGGUUUACUGCACUACUGAAGCGGAGAGUGAGUGGUUGCUUCUAAAUAUUUUAAUUCUGUGAUCUCAAGAUAAAACAGUAACAGAAGUUAACAGGAGUGCUCAGCAAUAUUAGUAUUUAUCAUUUCUCUCCCACCACUACACAAUAGAUAUUAAUGCAUUUCAGUUCACAAUAUACAGCGAAAAAACAGCUGGAUCCAGGAAAACGUUUUCUUCUUGAUAAAUGACAAAGUAUCCAAAUAUACCAGCAUUAAUUGUAUCUAACUGACCAAUCAUUCCAUUCCUGAGUACCUAACUGCAUUUCAGAAACCCUCCGCAUUGGGUAUUUCUGAACUUUGAAAGCAGUUUUUUCAGGGUUUCCAUAUCUGGAGAGCAGCAUCAAUGUCUGUUGCUGAAUGAGAUCGGUGCAACAAAAACAUUUAGCGGUGUUCAUCCUGCACUUGCUGCUGUUAUUUGCAUAAUAACGAAAUCAACACCUGUGACAGUCAAAACAUCAGCUCUGGAUACCACUUAGGCAACAGGAUGGGGUUAAUUGAUGAUAGCAUAUCUGAUCGGUGUAUGUGGCCGAAUUAGUCCAGUGCCAUGUGAAUUUUUAAUCCUGUGUAAAUUGAUUCAGCCUUGUAAUCAUCAGCCUUGUCAGUAGUUGGACCAGCUAAACCUCAGGGGGGGACCACGUUUUCUUUUCAUGAUUCCAUAUCUGGGAUUCAUUUCCAGUCCUCUCCCCAUCUAAAACAGCACAGCCUCAGACAACAGAUGCACUGGAUGCAGUCUUGUUGCCAGACAUGUAAAGAGAACUCCUGACAUGUUCAUUUAGAUUUGGCUGCUUUUCUUCACCAGACAACUGAGAUCAGAAAAUGUAUUUAAUUACAUUUCACAGGACAUGAAAUUGUGCUUAAGAUCAGAGUAUAAACACCGAACAGAGCAACAAUUAGAAUAACUGAACUGUGAAUUUUUAAAGACCAACGUAUGAAAACACUGUUAUGUUGUUUGACAAGGGGGAAGAAAAAUAUUAAUGAAAUGUUUUAAAAGUCUCCUUACCUGCCUUUAAACACUGUUAUCCUCAUUGUUCUUUGGAUGAAAAAUAAAAUAAAAUUCCUAAAUGUUAAAAUGAA